GUUCUCUGCUAGAGAGUUGAGCUCGAGCCUUGCAAGUCAAUCAUAUCACGAACGACACAUAUAGGAAGUUUUUACACUAGACUUCCUGUUAAAUUGAUUCGCCGACGUUUUAAUUCCCAUCGGUCCCUUCGCCCUGAAAAGUGUCACAAGUUGACCACAAAUCCUCGCCGGGCUAUUCAGCAAUAUAAUCAACAUCGCUAUCACUCCAGUAUUCUAUUAUAACAACUAUAACAACUAUUUCUCAAGGUUAUACCAUCGAGGGAUAAUCUUGCCGUCGUUGCUUUAUUGCUAUCGUGCAAAGACCUGAGCAUUUUUUAUUGGCAAAGAAACGAAUAUUAGCUUUUCGCUGCAUCAUUUAGCUACCGACAACCAUUUGCAGUUUCCCGAAAAUUUGCUACGAUAUCUUGCGAAAUUCCCUUUAGAAUCUACAACUUCAACGAUACUACCAACAUGAACCGAAACAGUACUCCGGAGGCCUCGACUGCUUCGUCACUCCGUCCGCCGUCGUCACGAACAGUCGCCACUAAUAAUCACCACCUCCGCGCAUCUGCUGAUAUGGCCGCUCUUGCUGGUCCCGCGACGUCGAACCGUAUCCGUCCCUCUUCGGACUUCUAUGGCCAACAAGGCCAAGGUCAAGGGGCCGCUGAUGCAGACCCGCAAGAUAAAGUGACCCAGCAAUGGAUUGCUGAUAUUGAUCAGUACGAGACAACUCUGGAAGAAAUGGCCGCCGCCACCCUGGAUCAGGAUUUCAAGGACGAACUCAGUGCUAUUGAACAGUGGUUUCGGGUCCUGUCCGAGGCUGAGCGUACUGCUGCUUUGUAUGCUUUGCUUCAGCAGACUACCCAGGUCCAAAUUCGGUUCUUCAUCCAAGUCCUUCAGCAAAUGGGGAAAAACCACCCAAUGUCUGGUGUGCUAUCCCCGGCCAAUUUUGACAAAGAUCCUAUGUCGAAUCGUCUAAGCGAUGCUAUGAAUAAGUUGAACGUUGGGUCAGCUAGGAACUCGCUUUCGCAACCGCAAGCGUCGACUAAGAGACACUCUGGGCUUGACCCAUCAACUAUAAACGCUAUGUUUCCUGAUGCCGCGGCAGCCAUUGCUACUGAAAAGGCCAAGUUUACCCAACAGACCGGAAACCAGCCUCCUUCAAACCGCAACAGUACGGUCGUAGAUAUCCGAAGCCCCUUAGGUGCACCAACCAUCUCCGCGCCGACCGAAGGACUUGAUCCCAAUGCACAGAAUCCCGCGUCGCCUUGGGACCAAAAUGGCUCGCGACCCAAGUCGUCAUCCGGUCAGACUCCCAUGGGUCAGUUUGUUCAGCCCCCACCUUCGGCGGGUUUGAGGUCGCCUCGACCUCAACUAGGCGGCAGUAAUAUCCAAAGUACUACGCUUAAUGCCCCGGAUAAGUCAGCUAAUGAUUUGCCGCUUCUCUCGCCAUACGCGACUGGAAGUGGAAAUUGGGCUUCAAUGGUGAACACUCCUAUGGUUCCGACAUUUAACACUGGCAAUUCGGCCAACCAGGCAGACAUGGUGGCCAAUGCGACGGCAAUGAAGCUCGCGGCGUUAUCUACAGUCAACAAUCGUUUCGCCCUUGAUGAUGUACGAAAGUACCGACGAGCCCGUUCUAACGAGGCACCUGGUCAAAAUCUAAACUCUAUCCAAUCUGGACACCAGGGAUCAAAUAUCCCCGGCACAAACAUCAUCAUGGUCAAUGAGCAUGGCCAGGUUCUGAAUAGAGAUCAGAUGCUUGCCCUACAGAACCAUCAGGUCAUGGGUGGGUUCGCAGCCCACAGAUCUCGUCCAAAUUCUCCUGGCAUAGCAAUGCAGGGUUUCGGGCAAGUGCCUUUUGCCUCUCCGCAAAACAACGGCUUCCUAAGUGCGUACGACAGCGCACAGAAUCCACUCUUGAACAACGGACUCGGUGCUAUCAACAUGGGUCAACUUGGUGUGGGUGUUCCCGAGGGUUACCUGUCUGACCACUCGGAUAUGGUUCGUGGCCGAUCGCCCCGUGGACGCCGUGGAACCUCGAAGCCCCCGGAGGAUCCUACUGACCCGACCCUUCUGCAAGACAUACCAGCCUGGCUUCGAAGUCUGAGACUCCACAAGUACACCGACAAUUUGAAGGACAUGAAAUGGACGGAUCUGAUUGAACUUGAUGAUAAGGCUCUAGAAGAUCGCGGUGUUAAUGCUCUCGGAGCUCGCAGGAAGAUGUUGAAGGUAUUUGAGCAAGUCAAGGGUAAAUAAACUCGCUCCCUGCGCCUUUUUUACGGAUUUGCUAACACAUACACAGAGGCCAAGGCAGAUGGCAAGCUGGGCUAGCCGUUGCAACUUAAUAAUGAUGACAUUCGCUCACUACGGCUGAAUCAUCGCAAUUUGAAGAUAGAAUUUGAAAGAACGAAAACAAGAAGGAAAAAAAAGGGAAAAAAAAGCUGUUGACAUGAAUUACGCCGAGGAUAUUCGAUAUCUACUCGGCAUCCUAGUCGUGGAUUGAGAGAUUUCUUCAGUGAACAGAUUUUAAAUGAGCAGUUAGGAGAAUGUUUUGCUUUUCGCGUCGGAUAAAGGUUUGGACAACAAACCCAAGUUGAGAUUUGAUAGCUAUGACGAAAGCUAUAAAGCAGCCCUCUGAUAGCAGGAGGUUGUUGUUGUAAGGUAUGCGUGUACACAGAUUAUCACUAUUAAGAGGUAAACAU